GGCGCGGGGCCCACGCGCGACCGGGGAAAGCGGCGCAGGCGCCCCGUUGGCGACAGUCCGAGCCACGAGUCCCUCUGCAUUCCCCGCCUGCGCCUGGCUGGAGCCGCCUGGGGACUAUGGUUUUGGACCAAGAGGACGUUCGUAGUUCCUUGCAAUUCUGAGGCACAAAAGUAGGUGAGACUGCUUUUGUAUCUGCGAAGUGCUUCACUCCUGAAUGUAAUUCUAGCUGAGUGCAAUCUAGGUUAAGAGCCGGACAAGCGGGUAAUUAGAGCCCGCUUGCUGCCGGAGGACCGGCCGCCUAGCCGAAGCGCGCCCGGAGUCGGCGCCCUUUCUCCGGCCGAACCGAGCAGCGGCUGGACAAGGAGCGCCCGAGAUGAUGGUGCUGGACAAGGAGGACGGUGUGCCGAUGCUCUCCGUCCAACCUAAAGGGAAGCAGAAGGGCUGUGCAGGCUGCAACCGCAAGAUCAAGGACAGGUACCUGCUGAAGGCACUGGACAAGUACUGGCAUGAGGACUGCCUCAAGUGUGCCUGCUGUGACUGCCGCCUGGGCGAGGUGGGCUCCACUCUCUACACCAAGGCCAACCUCAUCCUCUGCCGUCGUGACUACCUGAGGCUUUUUGGCACUACCGGAAACUGUGCUGCCUGUAGCAAGCUGAUCCCAGCUUUCGAGAUGGUGAUGCGGGCCCGAGACAAUGUGUAUCACCUUGACUGCUUUGCCUGCCAGCUCUGCAAUCAGAGAUUUUGCGUGGGAGACAAAUUCUUCCUGAAGAACAACAUGAUCUUGUGUCAGAUGGACUAUGAGGAGGGGCAGCUCAAUGGCACCUUUGAAUCCCAGGUUCAGUAAUGCCCAGCAUCUGGCCUCCAGGUCCGUCUGUCCGUCUGCCCGCCUGACCACCUGUCUGGCCGGCCAGCCAGCCAUUCUGCCUGAGCGGGCUGGCCGGCCGCUGUCCUACAAGCUAGAACUUCAUCCUUGAUGGGAAGGUGGCUUUUCUCCAUCACCACUGCCCAUCUCUGUGGGACCCCUCCUGGGGCCAGGCUCAGCCUGUACAGUCUGUCUUCUGUAUAUAAAUGGGAACAUUUAUUUUAUGAGAAAUGUAAUGCGAUUUUAUUACUGGCGUGGAUUAAACUUAUGAAUGUUU